AUGUUGGAUACUUUUCUCUCUCCUCUGGUACUCCUACCCUCUCUUGGAAUGAGUAACACCUUGCCAUUUCUUGGGAAGAAUGACGAUGCCAAUUUCCGUCCGCGUGCGGGUGUCUACGAUGCUAGUUUGAAGCUUCAAGAGAAACUGAAUGAACUCGGAAUCCCGAUUGGUGGAUCCCAAAUCCAGCUCAAAACCACCCGUUCAUCCGCAAGAUUUAGUUCCAGCCCUCACAAACAACUUAUCAAGCGCACCACUCACGCCGGAACCGUACCUUUGGAAACGAUCGAACUUGGAAGCCGUUAUGGUAUCGAUGUGCAAGUCGACGGAGAAACAUUUCGGUUAAUGGCGGAUACUGGCAGUUCUGACACUUGGUUGCCGUCCCAGGAUCUCAAAUGCUUCGAUGAUAAGACGAAGGAAGUCCCUCAAUCACAAUGCAAUUUUACCAAGCUCACACCUCCUACAUUCUCAGGUGGUCAGAUUCCAGACCGGCACUUAAAUAUCACCUACGACAAUGGAAACUCGUAUUUGGGGACUGUUGGCUAUGAACCUGUCUCGAUUGCAGGUUUUAACGUGGAAAGACAGGUAGUAGCCAAGGUUAAUAUCGCUAAGCAGCCUACAACAAGUCCAGGUGGUUCGCACGGAAUUUUUGGCCUUGGCUUUCCUAACACCACUUCUGUCUAUCCAGGAUUAGAUCCGACAAAAGAUAAUGCAUCUUAUCCUAACCCUCACAACUCAAUUCCGUACGAUCCAUGGAUUAUCAGCGCAUUUAAGAGCGGUGUUAUCAAGAAACCAGUUUUCACGCUCGUUCUCGGGCCCAUAGGCGGAAGAGAUGGAGAGAAUGCUGGCACCUUGAUCAUAGGAGGGGCUGCACCACCAAGUUCAGUGUCAUAUAGCGGAAAUGUCAGCAGUGCUCCGCUCAGAAAAUACGGCCCUCCCUAUCGCAAUUACUGGUGGGACAUCGUGCCAGACGGCAUGACAAUUGGCGACCAGUUCAUUCCAUGGACCGAGCCGGGUGCCGACAGUGAACCGUUAGCCUAUAGUGUAGAUUGUGGUAGUGACUACUCAUACGUUCCACAAUCAACCAUGACCCCAUGGCUGAAAACGUUUAGUACACCAACCCUUGCUGACAGCCGUGGCUACACCUAUGCAUUGUGUAAUGCUACAUUUAGUUCCGUAGCUGUUCGCAUUGGUGGAAAGGAUUUUCCAUUUGAAAAAUCAUCUUUGUUGGUGCAGCCACCAUAUGGUGCAGUUGAUGGUAGCCCAGGUUAUUGUUGGACAGGAAUUCAACCACAUGGCUCAUUUCUAGGAGGAACUUUUCUAUAUGGUGUGGCAGCUACAUUCGACAUGACCCAGGGCUCAGAGAAGAUUGUAUUUAGCAGUGUCCUAAGUCAAUAA